AUGGCAAAAAUCAUCAACACUUGGCUUAUUUUAUUUCUCCUUGUUGUGACAAUUAUGAAUGGUUCAUAUAGUGUUGAAGCUACAGCAAGAGGUAACAAAUUGGAAAAGAAUGAUUCUGUUCACAAAUCUCAAAAGUUUGGGAAAAUGAUAGAUUGCAUGAUUUUACAUCAUAAUUGUUUGGUUUAUCCUUACUUGUGGCCUUUGUAUUAUAUGUUUUGUUCUCUCUAA